AUGAGGCGCUCCUUGUCACUUUGGGAUCUUUUUGUUCGAGUUCUUCUGUUCCUGAUUCUUCUCUCCCCGCCGGUGAGAGCUUAUAAUACCUCAAAAACAGUUAUCUCAGAGAUCUUGGAAGGUUAUCCUAGUUGCGCGGACGAGUGUAUAACCCCGCUCCUCACGCUUUUUCCCUGCUCCUACAACAACGCCUCAACGUCCUCCGAACUCCUCACCUGUCUAUGUUCUCCAGACCCUCACCACCGCCCCUCCCUCACCUCCUGCCUCACCACCUCCUGCCGCCCAAUCCCCUUACUGUCCGCCCUCAACCAAACCGCCACCCUCUGCCACGACACGCCCCGCAACCGCUCCUCCCAAUUAAUAAUCUUAACACUCACCCUCGGCACACUCAGUCCUCUCCUCGUCCUCUCCCGUCUUUUCUUUCGGCUGCUCACCCACCCCUCCGGCGGCCGCCGUCUCGGGCUCGACGACUGGGUCAUUUUUUUGAGUAUCCCCCUGGGAAUCCCCUACACGGUGCUCAUCGCCCACUCGCUCGCUCGCGCAGGGAUCGGGAGGGAUGUGUGGACGCUGACGCCCCAAGAGGUGACGUGGUUUCUGAAAGUGUUUUAUGUGUUGAUUGAGUAUUACGUGGCCAUCAUGACGUAUGUGAAGAUGCCGUUUUUGUUCAUGUAUUUGCGGAUCUUUGGGGAGAAUUGGUCGAAGCGGACGAGGAGGGUGUUGUGGGGCACGAUGGGGGUGGUGGUGUUGGUGGGAGGGGUGUUUUUGUUGCCGGUGGGGUGUAAGCCGACUGUCAAGUUUUUUUGGGAGGGGUGGGAUGGGGAGCAUGAGGGGCGGUGUGACAACAUCAACGCCUCGGCAUGGACCCUAUCCAUCGUCACCAUCGUCCUCGACCUCUGGAUCAUGGCUAUCCCGCUGUCUCAGCUCCGAAAACUUAACAUGGAUUGGAAGAAGAAGUUGGCCGUGGGUUUGAUGUUGUGUGUAGGAGUUUUCGACACAAUGAUCUCCAUAAUCCGCCUCCAUUCCCUCCUCGCCUUCCAGCCCUCGACCAACGUUACCUGGGACUACUACCCCGUAGCCGUUUGGUCUGCCGUCGAAUACCACGUCGCCGUCAUUUGCGCCUGCUUGCCUGCCAUGCGCCAGUUGCUGGUCAGGGUAUUCCCCAUAUUGGAGAGUAACGUCGGGAAGAGCAACGGCAGUCACGGUGUCGGUGUCGGUGCCGGUGAUGGCGUUGGUAAUGGAGCAGGACGGAAUGUUCUCAGGCCUGGAACGCAUCAAUAUCAAUGGCAGGGACAGUCGAGAGAUAUAACUGGCCGGAACAGAUGGCCAUUGACAAGGGCAAGGGCGACAGAAACGGAGAGUGAGAGGGACAUUGUACUUGGGAGCUUCCGCAGUAGUGCUAGGAGUACCGAUGUGGAGGUUUUGGAAGUGGAUGACGUGGAACGGCAGUCUGCGGGUGUGAGGAUAUUGGCAACUUCUUCGCUGGAUAGUACCGAGAAGAGAAAUGGGUUCGGGUUGAGUAUCGUGGGCUGUAGGAUGGAAAGGGAUGGUUGUGCAGACACCGAAGUGUUUUCUUCAAGCCGACGAUAG